GUUGUACGUGCUGACGUAUGCGUCGUUGAUUAGACAGAGAGCUGGAGCCCGCGUGGACGUGGUGCCCGCCUUCUGUCCCUGUGGCUCGCUCACCUGCUGCAAAGCUUCCUCAAGAGAUAGCCAGGGGGAUGUUGCAGCUGGAAUGAUCCCCAUGCUCGUAUCCUCUGCUCCCUCUAAGCACCAAGAGCUCUGGAGGUGGCAGGAACCAUCAUUCACAUUCCUCAUUAGUGACCCGCAUACCCAGAAGUCGAUUUUCUCUUAUUUUUUUCUUGUGUAGCGCAAGACCUGACACUCGGUCGGUAAGCGCGCUUGGCACACAAGUACUUUUCCUCGGUGUUUUUUCUUUUUAAAUUUGUUUGUUGUUCACCCAGUGAGCAAACCAACAUGUCAGGGUGGGAAUCCUACUACAAAACCGAGGGCGAGGAAGAGGAAGAAGAGGAGGAGACCCCUGACCCAGGUGGAGAAUAUAAAUAUUCAGGAAGAGAUAGUUUGAUUUUUCUGCUUGAUGCCUCCAGGGCUAUGUUUGACUCUCAGGGUGAAGAUGAAGUUACACCUUUUGAUAUGAGCAUACAGUGUAUUCAGAGUGUGUACACCAGUAAGAUCAUAAGCAGCAACCGAGAUCUCUUGGGAGUGGUGUUCUAUGGUACCAAGAAAGACAAAAACUCAGUGAAUUUCAAAAAUAUUUAUGUCUUACAAGAUUUGGAUAACCCAGGUGCUAAACGUGUGCUAGAGCUUGACCAGUUUAAGGGACAACAGGGAAAAAAACAUUUCCAAGACACAAUUGGCCAUGGAUCUGAUUACUCCUUGAGUGAAGUGCUCUGGGUCUGUGCCAACCUCUUCAGUGACGUCCAGGUCAAGAUGAGUCACAAGAGGAUCAUGCUGUUCACCAAUGAAGAUGACCCACAUGGCAAUGACAGUGCCAAAGCCAGCCGGGCCAGGACCAAAGCUAGUGAUCUCCGUGACACUGGGAUCUUCCUUGACUUGAUGCAUCUGAAGAGACGAGGGGGCUUUGACAUAUCCUUGUUCUACAGAGACAUCAUCAGCGUAGCUGAGGAUGAGAAUCUCGGGGUUCACUUUGAGGAAUCAAGCAAGCUGGAAGACCUGCUAAGGAAGGUUCGAGCCAAGGAAACCAAAAAACGAGUACUGUCCAGGUUAAAGUUUAAGCUUGGUAAAGACAUAGCACUCAUGGUGGGCAUCUAUAACUUGGUCCAGAAAGCUAACAAGCCUUUUCCUGUGAGGCUCUAUCGAGAAACAAAUGAACCAGUGAAAACCAAGACUAGGACUUUUAAUGUAAACACUGGCAGUCUGCUUCUGCCUAGUGAUACCAAGCGGUCUCAGACCUAUGGGAGUCGUCAAAUUGUGCUAGAGAAAGAGGAAACAGAGGAGUUGAAGCGGUUUGAUGAGCCAGGUUUGAUCCUCAUGGGCUUUAAGCCCUUGGUAAUGCUGAAGAAGCACCACUACCUGAGGCCCUCCCUGUUCGUGUACCCAGAGGAGUCCCUGGUAAAUGGGAGCUCAACCUUGUUCACUGCUCUGCUCACCAAGUGUCUGGAGAAGGAGGUCGUGGCAGUGUGUAGAUACACCCCCCGAAAGAACGUGCCCCCUUAUUUUGUGGCUUUGGUGCCACAGGAAGAGGAACUAGAUGAUCAGAAUAUUCAGGUGACGCCAGCAGGCUUCCAGCUUGUCUUCCUCCCCUAUGCUGACGACAAGCGGAAGGUGCCCUUUACUGAGAAAGUGAUGGCCAACCCCGAGCAGAUAGACAAGAUGAAAGCUAUUGUUCAAAAGCUUCGCUUCACGUACAGGAGUGACAGUUUUGAGAAUCCAGUGCUGCAGCAGCACUUCCGGAACCUGGAGGCCCUGGCUUUGGAUAUGAUGGAGUCUGAGCAAGUGGUAGAUCUCACAAUGCCCAAGGUUGAAGCCAUAAAGAAAAGACUAGGCUCCCUGGCUGAUGAGUUUAAAGAGCUUGUCUACCCACCUGGCUAUAAUCCUGAGGGAAAAGCUACCAAGAGAAAACAAGAUGAUGAAGGUUCUCCAAGUAAAAAGCCCAAGGUGGAGUUAUCAGAAGAGGAGCUGAAGGCCCAUUGUGCCAAGGGCACACUGGGCAAGCUCACUGUGCCUACACUGAAGGAAGUCUGUAAGGCCUAUGGGCUGAAGAGUGGACCGAAGAAACAGGAGCUGCUAGAUGCUCUCAGCAGACACUUCCAGAAGUGACUGAUAGUCACUCUGCAGCCCAGCCACUUGCCACACCGAAGGCAGACACCUGCUUAUGUUCUCACCAAGUUAACAGAUGUUUCUUAGCUACAAAGGGCUGCCUGACAGAAACGCAAAUGACUUCUCCUCAUGGAGACUGCAGCCCUCCCACUUUGUUGUGCCUUAUAUGAAUAAAGAGCUCUCACGGUG